AAAUGGCAACGAAGCUUCUAAUAUCUCCUCUAUCUCAUCGUUGCACAUUUUCAACCCAAGACCAACAGUACAUUCACUCAUGGCCUGGAAAUGUCCGAGUGCCAAAAAGGCAGAGGAGCCUUGCAGUUGGACUAUCUACUUCCGUGGGCGAUGCUUUGUUGUCUUCUUCAGAUUUUGUGGAGCAUCUACCUCAGCAUACACAGUCUCUCUUUUUGCUUGCAGAAAGUACUGGCUACUCAUUGGCUAGUUAUUAUACUUCUCUGGGUCUCUUUGUCAUCUCCGUUCCUGGUCUUUGGUCCCUCAUCAAGCGUUCAGUAAAAUCCAAGGUUGUCAAGAAGACGCUCAUAGGAGAAGGGGAGGGGAAGAAGGCACCUAACCAGGUUGCAGGAGAAAUUCUGUCGUUCUUUACUCGCAACAAUUUUGUAGUGUCGGAUAGAGGAGAGACAAUAGUAUUUGAAGGGAUGAUGGUGCCAAGCCGAGGUCAAGCAGCAUUGCUCACUUUCUGCACAUGUAUAAGUCUUGCAAGUGUAGCACUUGUUCUUACAAUAACUUAUCCAGAUAUUGGAAACAAUUGGUUCUGGCUAACCAUAUUGAGUCCCUUGGCAGGAGUUUAUUAUUGGACAAAAGCAUCUAGAAAGGAGCAGAUCCAGGUGAAAGUAUUGGUGGGCGAGGACGGAACCCUAUCGGAAAUAAUUGUGCAAGGUGAUGAUCAGCAGGUGGAGCAAAUGAGAAGGGAGCUUCAGCUGAGUGAAAAAGGCAUGGUGUAUGUGAAGGGCCUCUUUGAAAGAUGAGAAGGAUACAAUUUUGAUUUUUGGCCUUCAACAAUGUAAUGUAUCUUUCAACCAUUUCUACUCUUGUUCUCGAUAUGAGCUGUGUAAAGUUGAUAGCUUAUUAAUCAAUAAGAUCCCAUUGUGGACUCUCUCA